AAGAUAAUUCAUUAAUAAAAAAAUAUUUAAAUAAUUUUAUUCGAUUGAUUUAUAUAAAUCUACUAAUUAAAGUAGAAAUAAUAAAAAAUAAAGAUAUGUGGGCUUUUCAAAGUUUAAGAAAGUGUAUUGUGACAAAACAAAUCCGAGUACAAUUAGCAUUUUCUUCCGCCACGAAUUGUGCAUCUGCAGCAAAAUCUGAAAAUAUUACAAAUGCUUUAAACUGUCAAGUAUUUGGGCAACCCGUCUCGUCGACACAUCCACAUUUGAUAAACGAUGGUGAAUUGGUAGCUGGAGUGACUUUAAAAGAAUUCCAACAACGAAGAACUCGAUUAAUGCUUGGUAUUCAAAAAUAUGCUAGGGAUCAUUUGCAAAAAAAUGAUUUUACUAAACGGAAUCAUUUGGUGGUGAUACCAUCAUCAACCAAAAAAUACAUGAGUGAUAAAAUACCAUAUAUUUUUCGACAAAACUCGGACUUUUUCUAUUUGACGGGAUGUCAAGAACCAGACACAGUCCUAGUUUUAGCCAUUGAUGAAAAUAGUUCAAUAAAUAGUUCCUUAUUUAUGAGACCGAAAGACAAACACGCCGAAUUAUGGGAAGGUGCUCGUACUGGUGUCGAUUUGGCAAUUGAAUUGUUUGGGGUUGACCAAGCGUACUCUGCAGAAACUUUUGAAAAUGAGCUGACAAGAAAAAUUCAGUUUGAUAAACCGUUAAUAUGGUUUGAUUCGAAAUGUUCGGAUUUAUCCAAUAUUAAUGAGACUGUAAAGAAAGUAAUCUCCGGUAUAAAUGACUCUCACAUAUUACAUUCGCCAACAACUAUUAUUCAUGGGAUGAGAUUAUUUAAGUCGGUAGCUGAACAAAAUUUAAUGAGACGUACGUGUCAAAUUGCAUCAACUGCAAUAAAUGAGGUGAUGACAGAAAGUAAACCUGGUCAUUCGGAGCAUCACAUUUAUGCAAUGACCGAUUAUAAAUGUCGCAUGCGUAAUGCUAGUCAUUUAGCAUAUCCCCCUGUAGUGGCUAGUGGUAAAAAUGCGACUGUAAUACACUAUAUAAAUAAUACGCAAUUGUGUAAAAGUGGCGAUUUAGUAUUGAUGGAUGCUGGCUGCGAAUAUGGAGGAUAUUCAAGUGACAUUACGAGAACCUGGCCGAUAAAUGGGAAAUUCACAGAUGCUCAGAAAACUUUAUACGAUGUUGUCCUGCAGCUGCAAAAAGAACUCAUUGAAACUCUAUUAAGAGAAGGUGGCGAAACCUUAGAUCAGCUUUUUGACACAAUGUGCUUUAAACUUGGAAAGUACUUACAAGAGAUAGGCUUGGUACCGAAACAUAUAAAUGAUAUCGUGGGUCUUACAAGGGCAGGCUAUAAAUUCUGUCCACAUCAUGUUUCUCAUUAUUUGGGUAUGGAUGUUCAUGAUACACCUUUAAUACCGCGGUCAUUGAGGCUAAUGCCUGGUAUGAUUUGUACUGUAGAACCAGGCAUCUAUAUUUCUCAAGACCGUACUGAUGUUCCUAAGGAAUUCCGUGGAAUUGGUAUUCGUAUUGAGGACGAUAUAUUAAUAACAAACGAUAACAAGGUGGAAGUUUUAACGGCUACAUGCAUUAAAGAAAGCACAGAUUUGGAAAAUCUACAUAAAUUAAAAUAAGCCUAAAACAUUUACAUUUUGCUUAAUUUUACACGAUGAAUAUAAUUUUAAAAUCCAUGAUCAUUAGAAUGUCCCAAAAAAUUUUGUUUUGGAAUUUCGGAACGCAUACCCUAUAAUUUUUUUAUAUAUAUAAAACUAUAGUUAAAUAUGAAA